GGGCUGUCCAGGGCCGGCGCGCUUUCCCCCCAGCCCCCAGAGGGCGCUGUGGGCGAGGCCGCCGUAUUGCCGGCGGCGGCCGGGGGAGGGGCCUCUCCCGCCGCUGCGGCCGCCUCCGCGAGCGCAAACCCGGAAGGCGCGCUCCAGCUGCUGGGAGUGUUCGCCGGCCCGGCCCGGCCAUGCAGCCCUUGGCGGUAGGUCUGGUUCCCGCUCCGACGAGGGAGCCGAGACUGACCCUCUGGCUGCGGACAGGCAGUGGGGUCUUGGUGCACCUGGUGGCUUUAGGCUUCACCAUCUUUAUGGCUGUGUUGUCCCGGCCAGGAACCAGUCUUUUCUCCUGGCACCCGGUAUUCAUGGCCUUGGCGUUCUGCCUCUGCAUGGCUGAGGCCAUCCUGCUCUUCUCGCCUGAACACUCCCUGUUCUUCUUCUGCUCCCGAAAGGCCCGGCUCCGACUCCACUGGGCAGGGCAGACGCUAGCCAUCCUCUGUGCAGCCCUGGGCCUGGGCUUCAUCAUCUUCAGCAGGACCCGCAGCGAGCUGCCCCACCUGGUGUCCUGGCACAGCUGGGUCGGGGCUCUGACCCUGCUUGCUACUGGUGGUCAGGCACUGUGUGGGUUCUGUCUCCUGUGUCCUCGGGCAGCCAGGGUCUCAAGGGUGGCUCGCUUCAAGCUCUACCAUCUGACUUGUGGACUGGUGGUCUACCUGAUGGCUACAGGAACGGUGCUCCUGGGCAUGUACUCGGUGUGGUUCCAGGCCCAGAUCAAAGGCACAGCCUGGUACCUGUGCCUGGCACUGCCCCUCUAUCCGGCCCUGGUGAUCAUGCACCAGAUCUCCAGCUCCUACUUGCCAAAGAAGAAAAUGGAAAUGUGAGUUCCUGCGAACUCUGAAUGUAGGUGGGACACUUGCCUCGGACUCAAAUGUUCCCUUUGGUGACCUUCAGGGGAUCCAUUUCAGAAGUGGUAGGGUUUUUGUACUUUUUAGCUGGGUCGGGGGCUGCAGAAACCCAAACUGCUAUUUCUGAUGACUACUCAGUGGGCCGAAAUGGGGAAGUAUAGUGGGUGCAUUGGAAGGUGAUGGGGGCGGGGGGCUUGAUCUUGAAGCCUCCACUCGAUGGGAGACGGAAGUGUUGGGUGGUGGUGGUGAUGGUGUUCGCAGUCAUUUCUUGCCUGUGUAUCCGAUGGAGAAUUGGGUUCUGGUAACUUAUGAAUGACAGCAGUGGUUUUUGAGGUCUUCAGGAAAGCAGUGUGGAGAGAGACCCUGGGUUAUGGUUCCUGUAGGAUCUAUUGGGCAAACGGGGCGCCUGGGUGGCUCAGUUGGUUAAGGAUCUAUUGGGCAACCUUAGGAAGUCACGUGUCUCGGGACCAGUUUCCGCAUCCGUGUCGUGGAUGUGUUUCUAAACAGUCUCCAGCAUUCAGUGUCUAUCAGGUUGAUGCCACAGAACACACUCCCCACUCUGGACCACGGGCUGGACCACUAAGCCGACUCAGGACGUCAUUCCCUCUGCAGGGACAGGUCUGCCCUCGUGGCCUUCCAGGAAUCUGCCGAUUGGGCUCCUGGACUAGGGCACAGGGGGUCAGGCACUGUGGAGAGAAGAGUCCCAGAUGAGGCUCUCUUGAACUCCAAGACAAUUAAAAGCACUAAAGUCACUUUAAAGCUUUUGUAGGAACAGAAGGGCAUUGGCUUCAGCAAGCCUCUGGCUCCUGGCUGGGCUUCUUAGCUCAGUGCAGAACGUCUUCAGCCCACCUCAGAAUCUGGGCUUGAGGGCUGCAGGACAUGAGCGAGCGCCUUUCCCUCCAGGCGUUCGGAGCGCUACAGCAGUCCUGAGCACCUCCGAGCCCUCCCUAGGGCUCAGGUACUUGCCCUAGCACAUAGCUUUGUGGAGGUAUUCCAAAGCUUUCAGAACAAAAUAAGAGCUAGGAAGUGGGGUAGGGCUUUUCUGAUCUAGGAAAAACAAAGUCUCCCUGGUUCCCCUUCUCAGCUAAGCUCUUCUCAGUUGCCGUCUCUUGCCAGCUCUUCGGCCCAGAGGGGGCUGAGUGUGGCGCCAGCUGGCAAAAAAGGGCUGGGCCCUCUUUCCUGCAGAAACCCCCUCCUUGUUCCAAACUGAAGGUAGUUCCCCAGACUGCCCUUAGUGGUGAGCUGGGUGCCAGACUGGUUAACAGUGGUCUGGCUGGGUCAGGGUGGGGGGGGGGGGCACGGGGAUGGGACCUCCAUAGAUCAUGGCAAGGACUGAAGACAGCCACGCCAGGAAAGCCGGUGUUGAGGCGGGUAGACAGCUCAGUGGAAGCUCUGGGAGGCCUGGGUGUAGGGGCUGGAGCCCCAGGUCCCGGGAGCAGGGCAGGUUCCUAGAAGGCAGUAAUUUGGAUGCCCCAGGUCUUCCUAAGAUUUAAGACCUCCCUCUCUGACUGGUUCAGAAGCAAGGAGAUUGGUAUGGUUUAACAAUCCAGGAAUGGGGACUGCAAGGGCAGAAGUAUCCUCUGAGUGGAUCUCACUUGGUCAGAUGGCGUCUCCCGGCAGCUCUCCAGACCCGGAGCAUCUAAAGGGGGAGAGGGGGGGGCUCUGCUCUUCAGAGGGUGAUUAUUCCUGUCUCCUUGCCUUCUCUCCCCUCUCAGACUACCCAGUGUGGUCUGAACUCGGAAGAGAUGGUUCCCUUUGCUCAGGGACUCCAUCUCCUCUCCCCCCGUCACAGCCAGUGCUGGGAGUCUCACUGUCUCCAGCAGGGUGACAGGGCGGGGUGAGGUUCACCAGCUGCCGCGAGCCAAGCAGCCAGGGCCCCAAAGCCUGAGCCUGCCCGAGGUGUUGCCUGCUCCCAGGUGGUGCGGGGGCUGCCGGGCGGGCUGACAGCCGGCAUUCUGCGGGGGCUGUGCCAGCUGAUGUCUAUUCCCAGCCCUCGGAGGAAGGGGGAAGUCAUUUAUAUUCCGCAGGAGGAAGGGGCCCCAGCUGGCACCUCUCUGACCAGGAGGCCUGGAGGGCAGGGGCACAGGGCCAAGAGGAGGGCACAGGUGGUCUUCUGCGGAGCCUGCUGACUGCAGUAUGGGGAGUAGGUCACCAGGAGGAGCCCUUCUUCCCGGGCGGCCAGAUUGUUGGGGGGGACUUCCCGCCCCCCUCCUCUGCGUCUCUCCCUGCAUCGCCACCUGCCCUCACAUCCUGGGGCAGCAGCUGGACAACCAUUAGACCUCAGUGCCAGGGCACUUUUCCUCCCGCUGGGAGCUGGGUGGCUGCCUGGUGCGUGCGCCUCCUGCUCGUGUGCGUGUCCUCCCCCCACCUGUCUGUAUCUCCCCAUCUGGGAUGUUAGCUGGGCACCUUGGCAGUGAGGCAGAGGCCUUGGGGGCAGGAAGCAAAUGGCUGCCCUUUUGCCCUUGUUCCCUGGCUGGGGAAAGAUGCUAGUAGUCACCCUGUUUUGCCUUUAAAAAAAAAAAAGCGGGGUGCUCAAAUAAAAAAAAUGCAUGUCAUUUGCACAAAUUUGCAUAUCAGGCUCACUAAGACUGGAUUCCAAAUAUGAUUAUAUUUCAGACUCAACCUUGAGGACAUUAGAAAUGUAGAUGUUUUUUGUAACCAAAUCCAAAUGGUAACAGGAUUACUGUUCUGGGUUCAGACCCCCACUCCCCACAAUCUUUCCCAGUAACCAUCUCUUCCCUGGAGCCCCCCACCGGGCUGGGGUUGGUGUUGAAUGGCAGGAGCUGUGUGUCUGGGGAAGCCUUCCAGCCUCACCUUGGCUGUUGAGCUGCAUCGAAGGUAAGCUGCUGUCCCUUGCCAGCCUGUUCCUCCUCUCCCUACCGGCCCCCAGGGCAGACUGCCCGUCCCAGUCCCUGACACCCCACCCUUCCACCUCCGUGCGUGGCCGCUCUGGGUCUUGUUUUUCAAACCUCACUGUGGGAGAUCCAGGCAUCCUCCCUGAGCCAGAUGGCUGCAGUGCCCAGGCCUGCUCAGAGUUAAUAAUAAUCAUUAGCUUCACCGCGCUGGGGCCUUUCAGCUCCAGAGCUCGAGGCACUUGCAGGCUGAGUCAGCCAGCCCUCACCUUCCCCCUCCUCCUGGGCUGCUGGAGUAUAAUGGAAUGGGGAGAGGAGGGGGGUUCAGAGGCUCACUUCCCAGCUGAGGCUUGAGGCUUCUUUCCUCUGGGAGUGGGCCCUGAGCACCCUCUGAGUACAUUGCUAAGGCCUUUUCACCUGACAAAGAUCAAGACGUGGGGAUCACAGUGUAGGCUCCUCUAGGUAUGCUGCCCUUCUGUUACCUGUCUUGACUUCCAGAGGACACCCCUGGCCCUGAUGCCCCAAUCUCAGCAUUUCUGGGGGCCCUCUGCAGGCUUAGGGAGCAGGGAGGCUUCUGGGUUAGUGCUCUGUUGCCCCUGUGUUUGGUUGACGUAAGAGCCCGUGUCUCAGGCAGCAAAAAGCGCACUGACCCGGGAGCCAGGAAAGCUGCAGUCUGGGUUUGGUCGGCUCCUAACAAUGGUGUGGCCAGAGGCAAACGGCUCCCUGCUCCACCUGCCUCACAGGGAUGUUGGGAGGGUCAGAGCAGAGAAUUUAUGUUAACAGGCGUUGGAAAGUCCAAAGCAUUAAACAAAUGGAAACAGGUGUGUUUACAAGUAUGUUCUUGUCCUUGACUCUCUCUUAAUCGGCCUGGCUCUGGGUUUGAUGCUACUUUUAGGGAGGCGAUCAACGGUUAUGGAUAAUGAUGCCUAGGGGACCCAAGUCUCAGAGAGGUUGUGUUGUUGGCCAUGGUAAGGGAACACACACACACACACACAUUUCCUCCUUCUAGAUGCAAGGUCAGCUGCGUGCACUCCGGUCAGGAAUGCCACCAAGGUUAUGAGCCUAGCGAAGCCAGCCCUAAGUGCUGCCUGCCUGGUGGUUUCAGGGCAUGGAGCUGAUUGUAAAUCUGGAAAUCAGUGCACUUGUCCCCUCGUCCAGCCUGAAGUUCCUGGAGCAGGUCACAAGUCUGUCUACAUCUCUCCUACCUAAUUCUGCGCUUCUGAAGGAAAAGUGCAGCAGACAAGCCAGGAAGGCAGGCGCAACAGUAAUGAACAUGACACUGCCCACCCCCCAUGCUGGUUUCCCCUGUAGCCCCAGGCUGAGCAAGGCCUGCCUCAGGCCCUCAUAACAGGCACUGGAGAUGCAGAGCUGUGACAUGUGUAGCUUGGUCACAGGCUCCUGGAGGAGGGUCACAGUCCCCUCCUCCUUACAGGGUUUUAUAGGAAUUAAAACACACAUACAUGCGCGUACACACACACACACACACACACCCAGGAAAGCAGUUCUAGUUCCAUGUGAAAUUCGGGGAAGGAUAGUUUCUGUUCCAUUUGUCUGAGGACUGCCAGCAGUCGGCCUGGGGUGCACACAGAGAGGCAGGAACCACAGCAGUGCAGAGGCUGGGUAUUGUGUAUUCAGGUUUUUAUCUUGUUUUUUCCCAACCUGGGACCCAGCAGUGAGACACUGGUCAGGUGGUGUGGGCAUGGCCCUGACAUGUCUCACCAGCACAGGCAUGGAGAAGACAGGUGACAAUGCAGAAGGACAGGGCCCCAGACUUGAGGGUGGUUUGAAGGAGACCGUUCUUAGCAUGGGGCUAAGCUUCAAGCAGACCCAAAAUACCUCCAGUAAGACAGCCUUCCCCCAGCCAUCCGCCCAGAAGGCUUGGCUAGUCCCCAAUGUACAGGGAAUAAGAGCCCCCGUUUUUAAUCUACCCGUUAUUGUCAGAAUUUCCCAGAUGAUUUUUUUAACCUCUGCUAAAAGCAGAUUAAAUAGCCACUUCAGGCCAUUCUGUGGUACCAGAGGAUUCAACUCUGAGUGUGCAUGAGGGGCCCCUAGCACCCCUCUUUUUUUUUUUAAAGAUUUUAUUUAUUUGAGACAGAAUGAGAG